AUGCUAUUUUAUUUUAUUUAAGUUUAUUACUUCGUACAUAUUGUCCCCUUUGCUAUCGUGGAUGAGUUUUCUUUUCCUCGUCUCCAGUCAUACAUAGGUGGCAUAUUCAUAUUCAUCUCACGCGUGUGUUCUACUCAAGGGUUACUCGUCGUUUAUUUAUCUUGUGUUAUUAUAAUAGUUAUCUGACAAAUAUUUUGAUAUUUAUUGAGAAUUUCUUCCCACUUCUAAACUUGGCUAUUAUGCCGUUCUAGGAAAUUUAUCCUACCAACGCUGUCUCAAAAACCAAUCGCGAAAAGUUGUAAUAUGCCAAUUCCUUUGGCGCUCGCUGUGCCGGCGGCGGCUGCUGGGCUUGCCUAUCUUAACGUCAAGACUGGGUUCUGGUACGACAGGACGCUGCUCCGCGCUGCCAUUCCAGCACUAUAUCAUAAUUCCAAACGUGAGCGCACGGAUCGCUGCAGUUCAUUCUACGUAUUAGAACAAAAGGCGACAAGUAAAUCAUCGAGGAAUCAUCCAUAUAUUCUCUUCCAAGAUAAGUCGUGGACGUUUGGCCAAGUUUACGAAAUAGCGUUAAAGUAUGGCAACUGGUUCAAAACGAAGUUUGAUGUCAAACCAAAAGAUAUUGUUGCUAUUAAUCUUCAAAAUUCGGACUAUUUUGUGUUUAUUUGUUUCGGGUUAUGGUCUAUCGGGGCGAAACCGGCAUUUAUCAACUACAACCUAACUGGUCAGGCUUUAGUCCAUUGCGUCAAAACGGCAGAGCCGGUUCUAAUGCUAGUUGACCCCGAAAUUGCUUUCAAAGUUGACGGUGGAGUUCGUGAGAAGUUAGAGGGCUUGCGGAUCGAGCUGUUGACGGAUGAAUUAAAGGCAGAAGUCGCAGCCAUCGAGGCGAUACGACCCCCGGAUUCCCUCCGUAGCGGUCAACUGCCUAAGGAUAUGGCCAUUCUCAUAAAUACUUCUGGUACAACUGGUUUACCCAAAGCCGCUAUCAUAUCCUGGAAAAAGUUGACGGUCGUCGGAUCAUUCGUCAGCUCUUGGCUAGCUACGAAACCGUCCGACGUAUUUUAUACGUGUAUGCCUCUUUAUCACAGCUCAGCUACAAUCAUGGCGAUGGCCCACUGCUUAGAAAGCGGCGCUACAUUGGCGCUAGGCAAGAAGUUUUCAACAAAGACAUUCUGGAAGGAAGCUCGCCAGUACAAGGCAACUAUGAUUCAAUACGUUGGAGAGACGUGUCGAUACUUACUUGCAGCGCCACCUCAGAUCGACCCAUUUACGGGGGAGAAUAUGGACAAGAAACAUAACAUCAAGCUAGCAUUCGGCAACGGCUUACGCCCGGAUAUUUGGAACAAGUUCAAGGAACGGUUUGGAAUUGACGGGAUCGCCGAAUUCUACGGAGCAACCGAAGGCUCUCUAGCAUUAUUUAACUAUACGCGGAAUGAUUUUGCGAGUGGUGGUAUUGGCUAUGUAGGAUUACUCUUUACGCUGGUUGCUAUGGUAUCUUCCGCUAUUAUAGCACUAGAUCCCGAGACAGACGCACCAAUACGGGACCCAAAGACGGGUUUCUGCCGAAGGGUUAAGCGGGGCGAUGUCGGCGAGCUUCUAUUUAAGUUGCCAGGCGAACCAGAAGGAAACUUCCAAGGGUAUUACAACGACCCUAAAGCGACGGAGAGCAAGAUCAUGCGUGAUGUGCUUCAGAAGGGCGACCAUUUCUUCCGGUCAGGUGAUCUAGUAAGUUGGGACCGGGAGGGCGUCAUGCGUUUUCACGACCGGAUGGGGGAUACUUUCCGAUGGAAGAGCGAGAAUGUGGCAACUACGGAAGUGAGCGAAGCUUUGGGCUCCCAUCCAGCCGUACAAGAGGCCAACGUUUACGGUGUGCAACUACCAAACCACGACGGAAGAGCCGGGUGCGCCGCGCUUGUUCUAUCUCAUGGACAACUUGACGACGCCCUCCUACAGUCGCUAGCCGAUCACGUACGCAGAAAGCUACCAAAGUAUGCUGUCCCGAUAUUUCUGAGACUUGGUAAGGGGCUUACUACGCAAGUUACGGACACAAACAAGCAAAAGAAACAUGAGCUUCGACUACAGGGGGUAAAUCCUGCACUCAUUGGCGACGACGAGCUUUAUUGGCUCAAGAGCGGGACCUACGUCAAGUUCAACAAGAACGACUGGGACCGGUUGAAUGCUGGCCAAGUGAAGCUCUGAUCUAUCUACGGUUCCUAUCUAAUUCAUUUUUUGAGGAUUUGAGGGAUGAUUGUAUAAAUCUGUAUUGGGUAUAUUGACAGGCUUCAGGUUUGGUAAAUAUAGGUGGGAC